AUGAUAAGGAUUGCGGACACUACAAUAACUCUCCAAACAGCAGCAAUAUCCAACAGCAUCGAAAUUGGACAUUUGAUGCUCUCGUCCGCUCUCCCUCUCUCUCUCUCUCUCUCUCUCUCUCUCUCUCUCUCUCUCUCUCUCUCUCUCUCUCUCUGGCGCUGGCUGCAGAGAGCUGGGGGGCAGGAUGAGAAGAAGCGUCGUGAUCCGCGAAGCGAUGACAGCGAGGACCCUGAUGGAGCACCGCAGCAGGAGUCCAUGUCCUUCGGGCGCGCGCAGCACACCUUGAAAUUUCUCGUCGUGGGCAACACCGCAACCGGCAAGAGCGCGCUGAUCGCUCGCUUCGUUAGCAAACCCUUUCUCGAGCAGCAUGACCUCAAGACUAUUGGUGUGGACGGCGUAGCAGUCAAGUUGCAGAUAUGGGACACCGCUGGAGCGGAGCGCUUCCGAGCCAUCACCUAUUCCUAUUAUCGUGGGGCACGCGCCAUUCUCCUUGCUUUCAGCGUGGCCGAUCGCGACAGCUUUGAUGCCCUUCCAGAGUGGUUCGAGAAUAUUCAGAAGCAUGCCCACGAAAGUGUCAAGUGCUGCCUUGUCGGGACCCAUGUCGAUCAUGGUCAGCACCGUAGCGUGACCUCUCAGGAAGCGACGGCUUGGGCCCAUGCGAGAAACAUGGACUAUUUCGAAGUUUCAUCCAAAACGGCUGCAAAUGUGAAUGUGACAUUUGAAACCAUGGCAAAGCGUGCACUCGCCCUGGUCACGCGAGCUGCCGAUGGCAUACCUCUGCAAGCCGAAACCCUGGUCACAUUGACGCGAGAGGAGAAGCUCAUUGCUGCUCUCAAAGACGCUCAAGGAAAAAUGACCAAGAACCGUUGUGUCGUUUGUGUUUUAGUGGGCCCCGGUGCCGCAGGCAAAACGUCCACGGCGCGCUCGCUACAAAACAUCGAAUUUUCCGAGGAACGUAUCUCCACGCGUGGCGGCGAUCGCAUGGAUUUACUAUGUCAGCUCGAUCAGGACCAUGUCCUGCUGGAUCAGGACGCUUUUGUCAAGGUAAAUGGUAUCAAUCACACAUCUCGAGGCCUCAAUGUUCAAGCUCCUGCGAGUGCGCCUCGUGACUUUAGUGCAGGGCGUGAGGGGUACGAGUUCCAAUUCGUCGUGGAAGCCGAAGCACGCUUGCCAUUGGACCUCGCCGAAACCGGCGACAGCGAAGAGCAGUCUAACAACAGCAACAACAAUAAGAAGAAGAAGAAGAAAAAGCCCGACCGUUCGCGUAACCAACGUCGCCAUUCCCAAAGCGCAAAGAACACAAGAGGCCAGCGCCUAUCUGCCACGCAGCCGCACAUGGCCGAAACGGCUCAAAUGACGCGGGCGCAACAACAGAUCAUCUUGGCUUCGUUAGACGACUGGCGUGCCUCCAGAUCACAGACUGAGGGCACACACGUCAAUUUUUUCGACAUGGGGGGUCAAUUGGAGUUCAAGUCGCUGGUGGAAGGUUUUUUGCGCUCGGGCAAUGUGAUUUGCAUCUUCUUCACAAUGACAGAGCUUCUAGCCAACUUUAGCCAGGCCGAGAGCUUGCACCCAGACGACAGCUACACCGGUCUCGAGCACUUUUUGUCGUGGUGCAACUCGGUGGUCUCCACCUCGAGUUACGGUCCCGUCUUUUUAGUAGGGACCUACGCCGAUGCAGUACCCGACUUGACCGCCCGACAGCUCAUUUCGGACGGCAUUCGCCGUGAGCUGGCACAGCGGCACCACGAAAUCUCCAAUCGUCUUGUGAUGCCAAGCAACAGCUCAUCGACCUCGCUGUGCUACUUUGCUGUGGACAAUACCCGCUCCGGGCAAGACGCGGGCGUGCAGCAGCUGCGCACCCAGCUACAAGAUGCGCUCAACGCGAGCGAGAUUGCCAACAUGGAUGUGCCACUUCAGCUCCGGGUAUGGCAGGAUUUGAUCAACACACUAGCCUACCCCGUCAAGGAUGAAGCAGUGGUCAGCGAGGCAUGCCGCGCCAUCCGCCAGCGUCAUGGUCAGCCCCUAGCUGGGUUGGGCACGGUCACUCUAAGCGAUCUCGCCGAGCUGUACGAUGAAACCUUUCAAACGAGUCAGCGCACCCCAACCUCGGAUGUUGUCUUUCGCAAGCUCGAACACGUGGUUGUGCUCAACCCUAUCGAGCCACUCAGCUACAUGACGCUUCUGGUGCGAGAUUUCCGCCUUCACCGGCUGUCGUUGGACACUGAAGUUGAAUUCAGCGAUGACUUUAAGCUCCUGCAAGAGGAAGGCGUGCUUGUUCCCGAACUUGUGAGACACUUUCUGGGCCGUGCUUCUGAAGCGGAUGCCCGCCUGCGCAACCUGGAUGAGCAACAGCAGCAGCAAAUUCUCGCGCUGAUGAUGCAGUUCAAAGUGGCAGUACCCAUUACGUAUGGCACUAGUGCCGCAUACUUGAUACCAGGCUUGCUAUCGCGACGGCAGCCAGAUUUGCCCCAACAGGACAUCUGCCCAACAGAGCUGUAUAUUGCACCAUACAUGGGCGAAACUCUUUCGCGCUUUGCAACUGUAACGCAUCAACAGCUUGAAGUUCGAACAAAUCUACCAGCAGGUUUCUACGAUAAGCUGGUGGCUGAGAUGACGAGCCGAGCAGAAGGCAGCGCCUCAAUAACGCGACGACCCUUGCUGUCCAAGAGCUUAUCCCGCGUGCAUUUUGGCCAGCACGCGGUUGACCUUGAGUCUGACCGUGAGCUCGGCUGCGUUGUUGUGCGUUUCUACGCCAAAAAUGCUGUUGGUCUGAUCCAUCAGAUUAAUGAAAUGAUUGCCGAUGUGUUAAAAGGCUCGUUCUUUUCUUUGAAAUACGACAUCUUGAUUGAAGUGUGUGAGAACACCUUGCUACCGAUUAGUGUUGUGCGAGACUUUUUUUACCGCAAGGAGCAGGUCUUGAACCUUGACUCCUGCACGCUCUCUCGCCCUGACGUCCUGGACCAAAUGGGCAGCAUUCUACCCAUCCAGCUGCAAGCAGAAUUCUAUCACGUGUUUAUAUCGUAUCGUCACGAGCCCGACUCAACCAAAGGGGCAGCCACGUUUGCCAAUGAGCUCAGCCUGCACACAAUUGGACAUAGUGGAGAUCACAUCAGCAGCUUCCUGGACGUGGUAAAUCUGGAGCAUGGCAAGCGCUUUGACAUUAGCUUCCUCGAGGCGCUUGCAAAGAGCCUGGUCUAUGUCCCGCUGGUGUCAGCCAAAUCCCUGGAGCGUAUGGAAGAGGAUGUUGGGCUGGCCCAAGUGGAUCAUUUCAUGCUUGAGCUCAUGGUGGCUGUUGCGUUGGAGCGUGCGCGAGGCUUCCCACGAAUCCUGCCCAUUUUUAGCGGCCCGGUUACGGAGGAUGCGGAUGGCUUUCCACACAUGAAGAGUUUCUUCUCCAGCUACGACCUGGAGCAGCGACUUCCGCAGCAAGUUAACGAGCACACCGUGGCUGCAGCCCGUGAGUUUUUGGAGCAGCACAUGGGCAUUCCCUUCAACAACCCGCCAACUGUGCGCAGUCUUCUGAAGCAGGUCACAUUAUACAAUUCCCCUUUUCGCCUGUGGAACUACAUGCAAAAAACUGCUGGACCCCCAGAUGGACACGGAGGCCAAGGUCUACGGGUCUUGGCCCAGACACAUUUGAAUUUGACUCUUGCGUUCAGCCAUGCAGCCCGAGAGUCGCUCCCACACUUGCAGAGUGCAUAUGAGGAAUAUGUGCAAGACAAGAGCCAACUGGCGCCACGCGAGCCUCUACCUGCCGCCCCGGCAGCGCCAGUGAAGCGCUCCUCUAGCAUCAAGCGCAAUCCUUCAAGGGUCCCAACUCAGUCCAGCAAAACCAAAGCAGCUGCGAGCGACCCUGCCAGCUGGAGCGUGGCGCAGGUGGUGGCCUGGAUCAGGACGACCCCAAUCCGUGCUUUUGAAGCCACAUUCCAUCAAAAUCAAGUUGACGGUGCCCUCUUGAUGUCGCUCACAAGCGAAGACUUGGAAGCCUUGUCGAGACGAAUUGUUCAAGCCUAUGGAGUCAAGGCUGGACGCACCUGUGCCGCAGGCGACAAGCAAGACCAAGAGCAAAUUUUGUUUGAUCAUCGUUGCCAGCUCUGCAUCGGCCGUGCCAAGGCCUACGCACCUGCGCGCCACCCCCGGGGUCUGGUUGCCCGCUAUGUGGCCCUUCUCAACCGGUUCAGCUACAUUAUGCUGGCCUUUUGGGCCGUCAUGCUCGGCAUUGGCCUGGCCUUGGGCCCAAAGCUUCUCUCCGCUACUUCUUUGAACAUGGCGGCGCCGCCACACUCAGCUGCCGCCAGAGCCACGGCGGCGCUGGAAGCCGCUUUUCCCUCCAUCAACGCGCACUCGCCGCUUAUUGUCCUGCUCGAGCGGACAUCUGGUGCUACUAUCCUGGGCAACGACACCCGGACCUUUAACAAUCACCUCACAGCCCAUCUGCUCAAAGAAUGGCCGCAAUAUUUUAUCAACGCCAGCUCCAUUCAGAGCUACUACAACCUUAUCCAGGAAAACUCGGUCUUUGAGACAUACUUUCCUACCAAUGCCAAGGUCGACACCGGGAUUCGCAACAUGCUUGCCGAUUUGCGCUCCCAGCUGAACAACGGAACCAAGAUGAUGACAGAUGCCAAGGCCGGUGUCACGGGCACUUUGGUGUUUGCUGUCGAUAUUACCAAGGGCACCGAGCAUGAUUUGCUUAUUAUGGAUGGUAUUGCCUUUCCAGUGGCCUUGGCUGUGUUGGCCUACGUCCUGCGUUCUGUGCGCCUCCUCAUCAUUCCCGUCCUAAACAUGAUUGUUGCCAUUCUGGUGUCGUUCAUGUUUGUUUAUCCCAUUGCACUCUCAACGGACGUCAUCUCCUUUACGCCAUCCCUGAUGAUGAGCGCCGGCAUUGCCAUGAAUAUCGACUACUCGCUCUUUCUUCUCUCGCGCUACCGCGAAGAGCUGCUGCAGGCCACCCCAGUUGUGGAUGCUGUCAGGCGCAUGUUGCACACGGCCGGACAUACCAUUUCCGUGUCUGGAUUUACUUUGGCCUUGUGCUUUUUUGGCCUUUGCUUUUUUCCAGUGGCGUUGCUUCGUACGCCUGGCGUGGGAGCGGGUAUUACCCUUCUUGUGGUGCUUCUCGUCAAUUUGAGCUUGACGCCGGCGCUACUCCUAGCCUUUCCCGAAUUCUUCAAGCGCAGCACCAAGCAACGCUGGUUGUGUGGAAAGGGCUCUGAAUCAGACCAUGAAACGGCGCCCCUGAUGCCUCGCGAGCACUCCACUAUUCAGCAAGGCUUGGUAGAUUCCGCUACCUCGGUUACGGAACACGAUCGGGAAACUUGGUGGUAUAAGCUGGGCUGUGCCGUUACGCGUCGACCCGUGGCCAUUUGCCUUUUUAAAACAUCGUCGGGCAUCCUGGAGGCAACGCCUCGCAAUUCCGGUGCAAGCCACACCUAUGCCGAUCUGAGCGACAAUUUUGGACCUGGUCGCUUGUACCCGUAUAAUAUUUUGAUUUCGGCAAGCACCGGCAACGAAAGCGUUCUGACCCAAGACGCAUUCAACUUUACCUUUGAUCUUGUGUGGAACAAGCUGAACCCCAUCACAAGUGAUGUCGACUUUUCUGGCAUUGCUUGGGCCAAGGGUGAACCGGUGGAAGCAUCAGAGAUUACCAAGUGCAUCAGCGUUUACAAAUGCAUGGCUGAAUGCGCCCUUGCCUGCUUGGGUCGCGAAACGUAUGUGAGCAGCGAUGCUACCAGCAUGUACUUUACGGCCGAGCUGCAAUUCGACCCCUUUGGCCCUCGUGGUAACACUUGGUUGCAAGAUGCUCGAAAGGCGGCACAAGAAGCUAUGCAUCAGGUGGACGGCCGCUUUGAAGUGUUUUUUGCAUCAGGCGGUGCCACCACGCUUGACGUUCAGGACAAGGUGUAUGACCUCUUUCCAACGGCCAUUGGCGUGACGAGCGCCGUGGUGGUCGUGCUCGUGGGUCUGGCAUUUGGAUCCGUGGCAAUUCCACUCCGUGCGCUUCUCAGCAUUGGUUUGACCCUCAGCUUCGUCUAUGGCAUUGCUGUCUGGACCUUCCAGUUUGGCAUUCUCGACGGACUUCACUUUGCGGGACUUGAGGGCACGGGCUCCAUGUCGUGGAUCACACCUGUUCUCAGCUUUAGCGUACUGGUUGGCCUACAGCUCGAUUAUGAAGUGUUUUUGCUGUCUCGGACUUGUCACAAGUGUGUGGGCUUUGCGGGCUGGACUACUCUUACCCCUUCACCUGUGCUCACUGGCCAAUUCUAUGACGAUAUGAUUUGGACCCGCAGAAUGGUGGUACCGGCCAUGAUGAGUCUGAUUGGAACGGCCAACUGGUGGCCCUCGCGAAUGCCCGAGGCAGAAGACAUGGACGCCGUCGGGACCCUCAAGAUGGAUGCACACGUGUAG